GCCUGAACCUCCGCCUUCCCUCGGAGCACAAAGGAGGCCCGCGGAUCGCAUCCUCGCCAUCCUCUCCAUCCUCCCCGCAGGCUCUGGCGGGAUCCCGGCGCCGCUGCGGAGCCGCUGCCAGCGCUGGGCGCGCUGCCAUGGGGGGGAGGUAGCGCUGCUGCGCCCGGCCGGAGGAAGGACACCGAUGGAUGCUGCCGCUCCUUAGGGACGCGGCUCGGCCGUGCCUGCUCAGCACUUGGCGCUCGGGCAGGAUGCCCGCAGUGAUUUAAAACCAGCGGCCGGCAGAGGCAGAGCGGCUGCGGAACCAGCACCAUGGAGCAGCGGAGCUCCGGCAGCACCUGAGUGGAUGGAUGCCUGAGCGGAUGGAUGCCUGAGUGGAUGGAUGCUUCUGGCUGAAGCAGCAGCAGCAUCGCCGCGGACAGCCCGGAGUGAGCCCGCAGUGAGCCCAGAGUGAGCCCGGAGUGAGUGAGCCUGGAGUGAGCCCGGAGCGAUCCCGCAGCGAGUGAGCCCGGAGCCGCUGGCCUGGAGUGAUCCCGGAGUGACCCGCAGUGGGCCCGGAGUGAUACCGGAGUGACCCGGAGUGAGCCUGGAGCGAGCCUGGAGCGAGCCCACAGUGAUCCUGGAGUGAGCCCGGAGCGAGCCCGGAGUGACCCGCAGUGAGCCCGGAGUGACCCGGAGCGAGUCAGGAGCGAGCCCGGAUUGAGCCCCAGUGAGCCCGCAGCGACCCGGAGUAGCCCGGAGUGAGUGAGACCGGAGCGAGCCCGGAGUGAGCGAGCCCGGGGCCACGGGCGCGGUUGCCGUGGCGAGCUCUCGUUCGGCUGCCGGCCGCUCCCCCGGAGCCCCCCGAGCCCGGGCAGCCCCCGCCGGGGCCGUGCCCGCCCUGCUGGGCAGCCGCAGCCCGAGGGGGGCCGGGGGUCCGCCCGCCACCCGCCCGGGGCGCGAUGCAAGUGUCCAUCGCCUGCACUGACCACAACUUGAAGAGAAAUGGUGAAGACAGGCUCAUCAGCAAGCAGAACACCACCACCCCGAACGUAGUGAAUGCAGCCCGGGCGAAAUUUCGGACAGUGGCUAUUAUCGCUCGCAGUUUGGGGACAUUUACCCCGCAGCACCACAUUUCGUUAAAAGAAUCCACCGCAAAGCAAACGGGCAUGAAAUAUAGAAACCUUGGCAAGUCUGGGCUGAGAGUGUCGUGCCUGGGGUUGGGGACCUGGGUGACUUUUGGAGGUCAGAUCUCAGACGAGGUGGCCGAGCAGCUGAUGACCAUCGCCUACGAGAGCGGAGUGAACCUGUUUGACACGGCUGAGGUGUACGCAGCCGGCAAGGCCGAGGUGAUCCUGGGCAACAUCCUGAAGAAGAAGGGCUGGAGGAGAUCCAGUUUGGUGAUAACCACAAAGCUGUACUGGGGUGGCAAAGCUGAGACAGAGAGAGGCCUUUCCAGAAAACACAUCAUUGAAGGGCUGAAGGCUUCCCUGCAGAGGCUGCAGCUGGAAUAUGUGGACGUGGUCUUUGCCAACAGGCCGGACAACAACACCCCCAUGGAAGAAAUCGUGCGGGCGAUGACGCACGUGAUCAACCAGGGCAUGGCCAUGUACUGGGGCACGUCCCGCUGGAGCGCCAUGGAGAUCAUGGAAGCCUACUCCGUGGCCAGGCAGUUUAACAUGAUCCCCCCCGUGUGUGAGCAGGCUGAGUAUCACCUGUUCCAGAGGGAGAAGGUGGAGGUGCAGCUGCCAGAACUGUAUCACAAAAUCGGGGUGGGAGCCAUGACAUGGUCCCCCCUGGCCUGUGGGAUCAUCUCAGGGAAAUAUGGCAACGGGGUCCCUGAGAGCUCAAGGGCUUCACUCAAGUGCUACCAGUGGCUGAAGGAGAAGAUCAUCAGUGAGGAGGGCAGGAAGCAGCAGGGGAAGCUGAAGGACCUGUCCCCCAUCGCCGAGCGCCUGGGCUGCACGCUGCCACAGCUGGCUGUCGCGUGGUGCCUGAGGAACGAGGGGGUGAGCUCUGUGCUCCUGGGAUCCUCCAACCCCGAGCAGCUGAUCGAGAACCUGGGAGCCAUCCAGGUCCUUCCAAAGAUGACAUCCCAUAUUGUAAAUGAAAUAGAUAAUAUCCUGGGCAACAAGCCCUUCAGCAAGAAGGAUUACAGAUCCUAAUGCAAUGCAUGAAUUUCCUGGACUGCAUGGUUUAGAAGUGCUCUGUACUCCAGUACAGCCCUGAAUUACUCUCAUGAGAAUCAUUCAGCACUUGCUGCUCGGUGUCUCCUGUCACUGGAUCCUUGAGAUGUGUGCUCUUGCUACUACUCUGCAGUGAAUUUAAAAGCACAGGUGAUCUCUUCUAACCAAGAAUAACCUUGUAUUUUCUUACCUUCUCAACCGAGUUCAUUAAUUUUUACUUUACUCUUUGCACCUCAUGCUUGUGCUGUGACAAACACUUGUAAAGCAAAAAAAAAAAAAAAAAAAAAAGGAAAAAAGAAA